AUGUUCCAGGCAAGCAAAACUCACCUUGAUGACCUCCAGAAAAAGCGUCUGGAGGAGAAGUGCAUUGUCAUUGACAAGCAGGAUCAGGUCAUUGGAGCUGAAACUAAGAAGAACUGCCAUCUGAUGGAAAACAUUGAGAGGGGCCUGUUACACAGAGCCUUCAGUGUUGUCCUCUUCAACACGAAAAACCAGCUCUUGGUCCAGCAGAGAGCAGAUGCCAAGUACACUUUUCCAGGACAUUUUACAGACUCCUGUUCUAGUCACCCUUUAUACACGCCUGAGGAGCUGGAAGAGAAGGACGCUAUGGGAGUGAGGAGGGCCGCCCUGAGACGUCUUCAGGCUGAGCUGGGCAUUUCCCAGGAGCAGAUUUCCAUAAAGGACAUAAUUUUUAUGAACCGAAUGUACCACAAGAGUCCUUCUGAUGACAUCUGGGGAGAGCAUGAGGUUUGCUAUCUUCUGUUGGUGAGGAAAGACCUCACUCUGAAUCCAGAUCCCAGGGAAGUGAAAAGCUACUGCUACAUGAGCCAGGAGGACCUACAGGACCUACUGGACAGGGGGGCCCGUGGAGAAGAGAAGAUCACCCCAUGGUUCAGAACCAUCGCAGAAGGCUUCCUGUUCUCUUGGUGGCCUCAUUUAGAAGAUGUGUCUACAUUCAUGGAGCCCGACAAGAUAUAUGGACUGUGA